AUGCAUCGCUUUUUUGCAGAGCUGGAGCCAGUCUAUCCCGUCACGGAGCAAAACCUGGCAGACCGAGUUCGGUACAUCCUGCGCUCGAACAUAUUUGGUGACGCCGAACUCGAACGACUACAACGUGAGGCUAUUCCGUCAUCGAAUGGAAAUCGGCUACGGCUGGGAAUGCGGCGCCGCAUUCGCAACAAACUGCAUCCACACGUGGAAGCCGCCGUCAACAUUCCAUUUGUGGCUAAUUCAGACGACGAUGAAAUAGUCUCCCACGAACUAGAGAAAAUGAGGAGCAUAUUGGAAGAGGCGAUUCUGGAAACGCGCAGCACGCCUCUCGAAAAUCGACCGCGACUUCCCCCGCAUACCCUUAAGCAAGCGAAAUCGGGCUGUCGUGCGGGCUCUUAA